AUGGCCCCAUGUUGGGCAAACUGUGGGCCCGUUGGUAAGGGAUUGUGCAACUCUGGACACUGGGUUCUCCCACAGCCUGUGGAAGCCACUGAUGACGCCUUUUGGGACCAGUUCUGGGCAGACACAGCCACCUCAGUGCAGGACGUCUUUGCGCUGGUGCCAGCGGCAGAGAUCCGAGCUGUGCGAGAGGAGUCACCCUCCAACCUGGCCACUCUGUGCUACAAGGCUGUCGAGAAGCUGGUGCAGGGAGCCGAGAGCGGCUGCCACUCGGAGAAGGAGAAGCAGAUUGUCCUGAACUGCAGCCGGCUUCUCACCCGAGUGCUGCCCUACAUCUUUGAGGACCCUGACUGGAGGGGCUUCUUCUGGUCCACAGUGCCCGGGGCAGGGCGCGGAGGGGGAGAGGACGAUGAUGAGAACGCCCGGCCCCUGGCAGAGUCCCUGCUCCUGGCCAUCGCNGCUCCCAUGCUGCUGCUCCUCAGGGACUCAGCGGAGGACAUCCACUCCCUAGAUAGCUGUGAAUACAUCUGGGAGGCCGGCGUGGGCUUCGCACACUCUCCCCAGCCCAACUACACCCAUGACAUGAACCGGAUGGAGCUGCUGAAGCUGCUGCUGACGUGUUUCUCUGAGGCCAUGUACCUGCCCCCAGCUCCCGACAGUGGCAACACCAACCCGUGGGUGCAGUUCUUUUGUUCUACGGAGAACAGGUGAGGGGGCGCCUGGCCUUGCUUUCCGUUUUCUUCCCGCUUGUUCCAGGCAGCUCAGAGCUGAGGCCACUCUCCAGCCCUAAGAGUCUUAUUUGAGGGGAGGUGCUGCCCCCUGGUGGUGAUGACCUGUAACUUGACUGCCACACUUGAUGCCAGCGCUGUCCAAUGUCCCACUGGGGGGCCCUGGGGGACCUGGGUACCCAGUGGGCACCUGGUGGUGAGCUUGGGGCUAUCUGAGGUCAAGAAGGCACUGCUGCCAGAACCUAGGCCUGGGGUAGGGGCAGAGGGUGGGGACACCUGCUCACCCCAGCCCCGCCCUUGGCAGCCUCCAGGGCCUGAGAACCUGUUUGUGAACUACCUGUCCCGCAUCCAUCGUGAGGAGGAUUUCCAGUUCAUCCUCAAGGGCAUAGCCCGGCUGCUGUCCAACCCCCUGCUCCAGACCUACCUGCCCAACUCCACCAAGAAGAUCCAGUUCCACCAGGAGCUGCUGGUCCUCUUCUGGAAGCUCUGUGACUUCAACAAGAAAUUCCUCUUCUUUGUGCUGAAGAGCAGUGACGUGCUGGACAUCCUGGUCCCCAUCCUCUACUUCCUUAAUGAUGCCCGAGCAGAUCAGUCUCGGGUGGGCCUGAUGCACAUUGGUGUCUUCAUCCUGCUGCUUCUGAGCGGGGAGCGGAACUUUGGGGUGCGGCUGAACAAACCCUACUCAGUGCGCGUGCCAAUGGACAUCCCGGUCUUCACGGGUACCCACGCCGACCUGCUCAUUGUGGUAUUCCACAAGAUCAUCACCAGCGGGCACCAGAGGCUGCAGCCCCUCUUCGAUUGUCUGCUCACCAUCGUGGUCAACGUGUCCCCCUACCUCAAGAGCCUUUCUAUGGUGGCCGCCAACAAGCUGCUGCACCUGCUGGAGGCCUUCUCCACCACCUGGUUCCUCUUCUCUGCCGCCCAGAACCACCAUCUGGUCUUUUUCCUCCUGGAGGUUUUCAACAACAUCAUCCAGUACCAGUUUGACGGCAACUCCAACCUGGUCUACGCCAUCAUCCGAAAGCGCAGUGUCUUCCACCAGCUGGCCAACCUGCCCACGGACCCGCCUGCCAUCCACAAGGCGCUGCAGCGACGCCGCCGGGCACCCGAGCCCUUGUCUCGCACUGGCUCGCAGGAGGGCGCCUCCAUGGAGGGCUCCCGUCCCGCGGCCCCCGCCGAGCCAGGCACCCUCAAGACCAGCCUGGUGGCCACCCCAGGCAUUGACAAGCUGACGGAGAAGUCCCAGGUGUCAGAGGAUGGCACCUUGCGAUCUCUGGAGCCUGCACCCCAGCAGAGCUCAGCAGAUGGCAGCCCAGCCGAGGAGGAACCCGGCCAGGUGUGGCGGGAGCAGCGACGACUGUCCAGUGCGUCAGCCAGUGGGCAGUGGAACCCAACGUCGGAGUGGGUCCUCUCCUGGAAGUCCAAGCUGCCGCUGCAGACCAUCAUGAGGCUGCUCCAGGUGCUGGUUCCCCAGGUGGAGAAGAUCUGCAUUGACAAGGGCCUGACGGAUGAGUCGGAGAUCCUGAGGUUCCUGCAGCAUGGCACCCUGGUGGGGCUGCUGCCCGUGCCCCACCCCAUCCUCAUCCGCAAGUACCAGGCCAACUCUGGCACGGCCAUGUGGUUCCGUACCUACAUGUGGGGCGUCAUCUAUCUGAGGAAUGUGGACCCCCCCGUCUGGUAUGACACCGAUGUGAAGCUGUUUGAGAUCCAGCGGGUGUGAGGAUGGAAGCCUGCAAGGGACAGAGGCCAGGGGAGGGCGGGGCCCUGGUCCCCACCCCCGUGCUGCCCCCGACCCACCAUCCGUUCUGAGCUUUAAAUUACUAUGAUCAGGUCUGGGGGCUGGCAGAGUGACCGAGUCCUGGGUGGCAGGCCCCAGAGACCCCUUGCGGCUGGGACAGUGGGGACUGGCUCUGACCUUCCCCAAGUAGCCCCCACCUGCCAGGAGCCUCAGCCGGAGCCCCUGCCUCACUCUGCCCACCUCCAGACUUCUGUCCUGACCCUCAGUGCCCGCCCACCUCCUCUGCUGCCCACCCCCAGAAGCCACCAGGUCACUGUGCCCUAAUGGGUUGCCCAAGAGGGAGCUGUGAGGUGUCCCCUGGGCAGUUGGGCAGGGUGAGAGGGAGCCUGUCCAAGCUUCUAACCUGAAACCACCUGGUCCAGGCCUGGCUCCAUGCCAGGGCCUAUGGACGGCCAGGCUGCUUGAGGAGGAGGCUGGGGGGUGGCUGACUGCCAAAGUCAGACCCCGUGCGUUUUAGGGGUUUGGAGUGGGGUGUUGAGGGUCUCCUGCUAUGUUCUCCCAGGUCAGUGAAUAUUGCCUGGCUGCCGUUUCCCCGGUUACAGGGGCAGCUGUUCAGUCCUCUCUGCCCUCACCCACUGCCUGGGUGACUGGUAGUGGGGGGGCCAGGAUGCCAGCCUUCAUCCUCCCCCUCCGUCCUCCUGGUUCUGGCCUCGGGCUCUCCCUCUCCCCACCUGUGUCAGUACAAUCUUUGCUCUGUACAAUCUGCCUCUUUACACAAUAAACCCUCAUCUCCA